AUGAGGGGUUACCAUGGCGACCGAGGCAGCCAUCCACGCCCAGCCCGCUUUGCUGACCAGCAGCAUAUGGACGUGGGCCCAGCUGCCAGGGCCCCAUACCUGCUGGGCUCCAGGGAGGCCUUCUCCACCGAGCCCCGCUUUUGUGCCCCGAGAGCUGGCCUGGGACACCUUUCUCCAGAAGGGCCCCUGAGCCUAAGUGAGGGGCCAUCCAUAGGCCCUGAGGGAGGGCCAGGUGGGGCCGGGACUGGGGGAGGCAGCAGUACCUUCCCCAGGAUGUACCCUGGCCAGGGCCCCUUCGACACCUGUGAAGACUGUGUGGGCCACCCACAAGGCAAGGGUGCCCCCCGCCUGCCUCCUACACUCUUGGAUCAGUUUGAGAAGCAGUUGCCUGUUCAACAAGAUGGCUUCCACACACUACCAUACCAGCGGGGUCCAGCAGGGGCUGGUCCUGGGCCAGGGCCGGGGUCUAGCACUGUCCCUGAGCCCCGCAGUGAGAGCCCUAGCCGAAUUCGGCAUCUGGUUCACUCUGUGCAGAAGCUCUUUGCCAAGUCCCAUUCUCUGGAGGCGCCUGGGAAACGGGACUAUAAUGGGCCCAAGGCUGAGGGAAGAGGGGGCUCUGGGGGUGAUAGCUACCCUGGCCCAGGCUCUGGAGGCUCCCACACCUCCCACCACCACCAUCACCACCACCAUCACCACCACCACCAGUCCCGGCAUGGCAAAAGAAGCAAGAGCAAGGACCGCAAGGGGGAUGGGCGGCACCAGACCAAGGCUGCGGGCUGGUGGAGCUCUGAUGACAACUUGGACAGUGAUAGUGGCUUUCUGGUGGGUGGAAGGCCUCCUGGGGAACCUGGUGGUCCCUUCUGCCUAGAGGCUCCAGAUGGGUCCUACCGGGAUUUGAGCUUCAAGGGGCGCUCGGGCGGGUCAGAAGGCCGCUGCCUUGCCUGCACUGGCAUGUCCAUGUCACUGGAUGGACAAUCGGUCAAGCGAAGUGCCUGGCAUACCAUGAUGGUCAGCCAGGGUCGGGAUGGAUACCCAGGGGCCGGGCCAAGCAAGGGGCUCCUGGGUCCAGAGGCCAAGGCUAAAGCCAGGACUUACCACUAUCUGCAGGUGCCGCAAGAUGACUGGGGGGGUUACCCCACGGGUGGCAAGGACGGGGAGAUCCCCUGCCGCAGGAUGCGGAGCGGCAGCUACAUCAAAGCCAUGGGGGAUGAGGAAAGUGGAGACUCAGAUGGCAGCCCCAAGACAUCUCCCAAAGCAGUCGCCCGGCGCUUUGCCUCCCGCCGCUCCUCCAGCGUGGACACUGCCCGGAUCAACUGCUGUGUCCCACCCCGGAUCCACCCCCGGAGCUCCAUCCCUGGCUACAGCCGUUCCCUCACCACUGGACAGCUCAGCGAGGAGUUGAACCAGCAGCUGGAGGCCGUGUGCGGGUCCGUGUUUGGGGAGCUUGAGUCCCAGGCUGUGGACGCCCUGGACCUGCCCGGCUGUUUCCGCAUGCGGAGCCACAGCUACCUCCGGGCCAUCCAGGCCGGCUGCUCUCAAGACGACGACUGCCUACCCCUCCUUGCUGCCCCUGCCUCUGUCUCAGGGAGGCCCGGCUCCUCCUUCAACUUCAGAAAGGCCCCUCCCCCCAUCCCGCCGGGAAGCCAGGCCCCGCCCCGCAUCUCCAUCACCGCCCAAAGCAGCACCGACUCCGCCCACGAGAGCUUCACCGCGGCCGAGGGCCCGGCCCGGCGCUGCAGCUCCGCGGAUGGGCUGGACGGCCCUGCCAUGGGCGCGCGCACCCUCGAGUUGGCACCGGUGCCACCCCGGGCCAGCCCCAAGCCCCCGACACUCAUCAUCAAGACCAUCCCUGGCAGGGAGGAGCUGCGGAGCCUGGCACGGCAGCGGAAGUGGAGGCCGUCCAUUGGGGUGCAGGUGGAGACUAUCUCAGACUCUGACACUGAGAACAGGAGCCGAAGAGAGUUCCACUCCAUCGGGGUACAGGUGGAAGAGGACAAGAGGCGGGCAAGGUUCAAGCGCUCCAACAGUGUGACGGCUGGCGUGCAGGCAGACCUGGAGCUGGAGGGCCUGGCUGGCCUGGCCACAGUGGCCACUGAAGACAAGGCCCUGCAGUUCGGACGCUCUUUCCAGAGGCACGCCUCUGAGCCCCAGCCCGGACCCCGGGCCCCCACCUACUCAGUCUUCCGCACGGUCCACACACAGGGCCAGUGGGCCUACCGCGAGGGCUACCCACUGCCGUAUGAGCCGCCGGCCACCGAUGGGUCGCCCGGCCCUGCCCCCGCCCCUGCCCCCGGCCCCGGGUCCGGCCGCCGCGACUCCUGGAUGGAGCGUGGUUCACAUAGCCUCCCCGACUCAGGCCGCACGUCCCCCUGCCCACGGGACGGCGAGUGGUUCAUCAAGAUGCUGCGGGCAGAGGUGGAGAAACUGGAGCACUGGUGCCAGCAGAUGGAGCGCGAGGCGGAGGACUAUGAGUUGCCGGAGGAGAUCCUGGAAAAGAUCCGCAGUGCCGUGGGCAGCACACAACUUCUCCUGUCCCAGAAGGUCCAGCAGUUCUUCCGGCUGUGUCAGCAAAGCAUGGACCCGACUGCGUUCCCCGUGCCCACCUUCCAGGACCUGGCGGGUUUCUGGGACCUCCUCCAGCUCUCCAUCGAGGAUGUGACCCUCAAGUUCCUGGAGCUACAGCAACUCAAGGCCAACAGCUGGAAACUCCUGGAGCCCAAGUGUGAGAAGAAGGUCCCUCCGCCGAUACCAAAGAAGCCCUCGCGGGGCCGGGGCGUGCCGGUGAAGGAGCGCUCCCUGGACUCCGUGGACCGGCAGCGGCAGGAAGCGCGCAAGCGGCUCCUGGCGGCCAAGCGCGCCGCCUCCUUCCGCCACAGCUCGGCCACCGAGAGCGCCGACAGCAUCGAGAUCUACAUCCCCGAGGCCCAGACCAGGCUGUGA